AUGGGCGAAAGUAGCUUGCGCCCCACUCGGGGCGCCCGGCCCCAGGGCCCCCUCCUCCUGCUGGCCCUCCUGAGCGCUCUGCUGCUGGUGGCCGGCAUGCCAAUGGCCGCUCGCGGCCAGGGCGGCAUCUGUCACCACGACACCACCACCCGAUCGGACUGCGGCUACCUUGGCAUCACGGCGGAGGACUGCUACCGCCGCCCGCCCACCAAUGCCCCCUGGUGCUUCCACGCCAACACGCGUGCCGCCGAGUGCGGCGAGUAUGUCAUCCAGCCGAACACCCUGGCCACCCGCAACAACGGCUUCUCCGUCGGCCUCACCUACAAGGGAAACAACUGCACACACUACGGCCCGAGCGCCGAGCAGCUGGCCGUGGAGGUUGUGUACCAGAACCCGGAGCGCGCGCGCAUCCUCAUUUCCGACCCUCGUACCAGGCGCUGGGCCGUGCCCCAGUCCAUCGUCCCCCGGCAGCGCCUUCUACUGGGCGCCGAGGGCGACCUGGGCCCGGCGUCUGAUGCCAAGGUCAACUCGAAGAUCACCGUUCUCCUGGGGAGCACCACCCCGGGGCACAGCUUCAGCCUGGUGGCCGCGCGGACGGACACCCUGGCGGCCGAGGCCUCUGGCGGGUUCCUCCUGGACACUCGCCACGGCGGGGCCUCGGCCUCCGGCGGCUGGGAUGCCGAGUGCCCGGGCCCGGUGCCGAAGUCCGGCGCCCUGGGCACGCAGUGUGUCCCCCUGGAGCCGCCGCGUAAUGUGACCUCCGGUCCCUUCCCGCCGACGGUGUUCAAGAACCAGUUCAUCCAAUUUACCACCCGCGUGGGGCCGAAGUCCUCCAUCUUUGGCCUCGGCGAGCGGGUGCGCCCGCUGAAGCUCGAGCGCAACCGCCAGUACACCAUGUGGAAUGCCGACGAGGCCAUGCCGGUCAAUGACAAUGUCUACGGCAGCCACCCCUUCUACAUGGAGCUCCAGCCGGAUGGCACUGCCCAUGGCCUGCUCUUCCUGAGUUCCAACGGCAUGGAUGUCGAGCUGCGCGAGGAGUCCCUCUCCUUCAAUGUGAUUGGCGGACUGGUGGAGGUGUACCUCUUCGCCGGGCCGACGCCGAUGGACGUCGUGCGCCAAUACACCGACCUCAUCGGCAAGCCCUACAUGCUGCCCUACUGGGCCCAGGGCUGGCACCAGUGCCGGUACGGGUACAAGUCCCUGGCCGAGGUGCAGGAGGUCGUGCGCCAGUACCGCGAGCAUCGCAUCCCGCUGGAGACCAUGUGGAUUGAUAUCGACUACAUGGACGCAUGGAAGGAUUGGACUUUCGACCCUGUGCUCUUCCCCCAGGAGGAGGUGGCCGCCUUCGCGGACACCUUGCACCAAAAUAAGCAGCGCAUGGUGCUCAUCGUGGAUCCCGGCAUCAAGGUUGAGAAGGGCUACAAGUACUAUGACGACGGCCUGCGCGAGGGGGUGUUCAUCUUGGACUCCUCGACCGGUCUGCCGGCAGUGGGCAUGGUCUGGCCCGGGUUCACGGUCUUCCCGGACUUCGUGGACAACCCGGACACCGACCGCUAUUGGAACCAGUCGAUCGCGGACUUCCUGAACAUGGUCCCGGUAGAUGGGCUCUGGGUGGAUAUGAAUGAGAUUGCCUCCUUCUGCACGGACGGCGCCAACUUGGACUCCUGCUCGCACCCGCCGUAUGCCGGGCUGGAUGGCUUCGAUGCGCGGAAUCCCCCGUACCACAUCAACAACCGCGGGUCCAACCUGCCGCUCAACUUCAAGACCACCGAGCCGGACGCCAUUCUCCCCUUCACCUCGGCCCUGCAGUAUGACGCGCAUAACAUCUAUGGCGUGGCUGAGACUAUCUCCACGCGCAAGGCUCUGGAGCGCAUCACCGGCAAGCGUGCCUUUGUCUUGAGCCGGUCGACCUUCCCGGGCACCGGUGCCCACGCCGGCCACUGGACGGGUGACAACUUCUCCACUUGGGACCACCUGUACCUGUCGAUCCCGGGCAUGCUCCAGUUCCAGCUGUUUGGCAUCCCCUAUGUCGGGGCCGAUAUUUGCGGCUUCAUCGGCAACACCAACGAGGAGCUGUGCGCUCGGUGGACUCAGCUCGGCGCGUUCUAUCCCUUCGCCCGCAAUCACAAUGCCAUCAACAACGCCUCGCAGGAGCCGUACCUGUGGGAGUGGGUGGCCGAGUCGGCCCGGCAGUCGAUCGCCCUGCGGUACUCCCUGUUCUCGGUGUACUACACGCUCUUUGAGCGCGCACAUCGCACCGGUGACCCGGUCAUGCGUGCCCUCUUCCUGGAGUUCCCCCACGAUCCGGAAACCCAUGCCAUUGACAAGCAGUUUAUGCUCGGGUCGUCCCUCCUCUUCACGCCGGUGCUGGAGCCCGGCGCCGAGUCGGUGCUCGGCUACUUCCCGGCCGGGGUAUGGUACGACUUCCACUCGGGCCAGGUGACCACCAGCUCGUCCACCGGGGCAUGGCUCAUGGUCAAGGCCCCGCGGAAUGUGAGCCCGGUGCACGUGCGUGGCGGGGCCAUCAUCCCCCUGCUCAAGAGCGAGGGGGCCCUGGUGCUGGAGGACGUCAUCAACUCCGAGUACGAGCUGCUGGUGGCCCUGGACGCGCAGGGAAAUGCCCGGGGCAGCCUCUUCCACGACGACGGCGAGUCCCUGCCCCCGGGCCGGAACACCCGUGUGGAGCUGGUGGCCCAGUCGAACCCGAGCACCGGGACCGUGUCUCUCCACUGCUCCGGGGUCUUCGACUUCCCGGUCCCGGCUUUGGUGCGCCGCGUGACCGUCCUCGGCAAGGAGCGCCGGUCGAUCGAGGUGAACUUGAGCCUCAACCGCCCGUGGCACAUCACCUUCUGA